GGUCUACUAUGUGGUGGUUAAGCAUUGUAGAGUAGCUAAGAUAGAAAAAGAAAAAAAAUUGAAAACAAUAAAAGACAAAUAAAAAAAGAGAGUAAAUAAGAGAUUUGUGACAAAGAUAGAUAGAUAGACACUGUAUGAGAAAGAAAGAAAAAAAGGUUGCAAAGCAUAGUACUAAUAUACAUACAUAGUGAGAGAGAAAUUUAGAGAAAGAGAAAGAAAGAGAAAGAGAUGGUGGGCUCAGGAGCAGCAUCAGAUAGGAGCAAAGAAGCUGUUGGUAUGAUGGCCCUUCAUGAGGCCCUCAGAACCGUCUGUCUUAACUCAGACUGGACUUACUCUGUCUUCUGGACUAUUCGUCCUCGCCCAAGAGUUAGAGGUGGUAAUGGCUGUAAGGUUGGAGAUGAUAAUGGAAGCUUGAUGUUGAUGUGGGAAGAUGGAUUUUGCCGAGGAAGAGAUUGUGUUGGAGAUCAUAUUGAUGGUGGUGGAGAAGAUCCUGUUAGAAAAGCUUUCAGCAAAAUGUCCAUUCAGUUGUAUAAUUAUGGAGAAGGGUUGAUGGGGAAAGUUGCAUCUGAUAAGUGUCACAAGUGGGUCUUUAAAGAACCAACAGAAUGUGAACCUAAUAUCUCCAACUACUGGCAAAGUUCCUUUGAUGCUCUUCCUCCUGAAUGGACAGACCAAUUUGAGUCAGGCAUUCAGACCAUAGCUGUAAUUCAAGCUGGACAUGGUCUUCUUCAACUUGGUUCUUGUAAGAUUAUUCCUGAAGAUCUUCAUUUUGUCCUAAGAAUGAGACACACAUUUGAAUCAUUAGGGUACCAAUCUGGUUUCUACCUCUCACAACUCUUCUCAUCAACAAGAAACACUUCAUCAUCAACUUCACUUCCAUCAAAACCAUCUUCAACCAUUCCAAUUAGGCCACCUCCACCACUCUUCAACUGGGGUCAAAGACCACUAACUUCUCCUUCAUCAAUGCUAUCCUCACCCAAUUUUCAACAACAUGCAGCUAGACUUGGUUUUCCACAAACCAAAGAUGAAACACACAUGUUCCUCAUGCCUCAUGCAUCAUCGCAUGAAACUCCGAGAAUGGAAGACAUGAUGGGAGGAGGAGGAGGAGAAGGAGGCGAACAUCAUGAAAAUGACAUUAAAUGGCCAAAUGGUUUGUCUUUCUUUAAUGCUUUAACCGGUCGAGCCGAUGAUGCUAAACUUUUGUUUAAUCCAGAUGGUUUAGGUGGAAAACAAGGUGAUCAUGAUCAUGAUCAUAAUCAACAUCAUCACACUCUUGAUCAAAAUCCUAAUUUAGAUGGUUCAAAUCCAAAUGAGUUCUUGAGCUUGGAUAGUAUUAAUCACCAUGAAGGUGCUAGGAAAAUGGAUAAGUUUAAGAGGAGUUUCACUUUACCUACAAGAGUUGCUUCAUCAUCUUCAUCAACUUCAAUGGAUCAUCAUCAACAGCAAGGUGUGGAGUAUAGGAAUUCAGAAGGUGGUAUGUACUCAGAUGUUAUGGACACUUUUUUGGAGUGAAUGUUGGUUAAGAAAUUAAUUAAGAAAGAUUAGAAUUUGUAUUUAGGAAGUAAAAGCUAGUUAUGUGUUUCUUUUUUCAUGUGUUUGCUUUUUCCACUAUUAUUGUAUCUGUGUUUUGUUAUGUAUUCCUUCUUAAUGAGACUAUUAAUGAUCAUUUUGUUUCUUUCUUUUA